AAAAAAAAACAAUCUAACAUACACGUACACUGCUUCCAUAGCACGACAAAGUGGAAAAUCUUCCAAAUAAGAUUGAAAUGAAGCGAGCCGUGUCUGUGUAAACACAUUAUCCCACAGACCUCAUUUCUCUUCCUCUUUUCCAUAAAUACGUGCUGCACUUGGCAAAACCAGCCAGGAAUUUGCAAGUUGUUGUUAUAUGGGCUGCAUGGAAGGUAUGACAUCCAGGUACAGUAGACGUUGUUGUGCAGAAAUGGUUGUUGGAUUUGUUCCGUUGUGACACAGCUACUUCGAAGAUGGCCAACAAUUCUUCCAGCCCUGUAAAUGUUGGGGACGUAGGCACUUUGGCGUACUGUGUCAGCAUGGAGACCGGGAUGUAUAUCUGGGGGAUUGGUUCGAUCAUUUGCUGCGCGGCGGGCCUUCCCGCAAAUUUCGUCAUCCUGUGGGAGAUGUUCAAGGCCUACAGGGACGGAGCUGCUUUAACGUCCUACAAUCUGUUCCUGUUGAACCUGUCAUCCAUGGACACCAUCUUCUUACUUUUCCUACCGGUUGCCAUUAUCAAUCACUUCAAAUUCAAUAUCUGGUUAUUGAACGCCUUCUCCAGCGCGACAUACACCUUGAACAUUUGCGGACGGCCCCUCCUGAUGGCGUGCAUUUGCCUGGAUUUAUAUGUGGCCGUGGUUCACCCCAUUUUCUACCGCAGGAUGAAGAGUCUGACUCCCAGGGCGGUUGGGGUGGCCGUGGUCUGGUUCGUGACCUUAAUCACGGCCGGGUUUUACUUUUCCUUCAACAAGUUGUACUUCACCUUGUUUUCCACGUUGUACUUCAUCGCCGCCAUGGUGAUCAUCGGCAUCUGCGACGCGUUCAUCCUGUACGUGUUGAUCGCGUCGGGCAGGAGCGGCAGGGGCGUCCACCCGCAGAAGCAGAGAGCCAUUCAAACGCUCACCAACAGCUUGGUGAUGACGUUCCUCUCCUACUUUCCUCCUGUGGUUCUCUUCAUAUUUGGCCUCCACUUGAUGUCGGACAGCCGUGUCUUCAUAUGCACCAUCGGAUUGCCGAUCACCCUGACUUCCACGUGGGGCUCUGCAGUCAUGCCCAUGCUCCAUUUAAAUGAUCUUGGCAAAUUCAAUUGUCUCUGGGUUAGAUGCGCUCAGUAG